UUCACAUCUCCCACACCGAUCUCUGAGCUACACAUUUUAGUGUUGAGAACGAAGCGCUGAUUGACUGCAAGAAGCCAUGAAACAGAAAUGUUGCUGUUGGUGCCUCUGAGUGCCCAGAUGAUGGGUGGUGAUGUGACUGGAGUUUCGCCCGGGGCAGGACACCUAGCAGCUGAGAGUGGUUUCAGAGACGAUUGCAUAACCGAGGAUGGAUUGUCUGGAUAAUAUGUUAACAGAACCCUUGGAAUUGGGGUCGACCAGGGAGGUGAAUGGUGCUGGUAUUAUGGAAGAAUGCUUGCUUGGAGGGACCAGGGUCAGCCUUCCAGAGGAUCUGUUAGAGGAUCCUGAGAUCUUCUUUGAGGUGGUAAGUGGCAGAACCUGGGACGAGGUUCUGUCUCAGGCCCAGCGAGAACACUUGAGGAAGUUUCUUCCACAGUUUGCUGAGAACAACCUGGAGCAGCAGGACAACAUUAUCAUUGGGCUCUUCAAUGGCGAAGACUUCCGGUUUGGAAACCCUCUCCACCUUGCUCAGAAGUUAUUCCGAGAUGGUCACUUUAACCCAGAGGUGGUGAAGUACAGACAGCUGUGCAUAAAAUCACAGUAUAAGCGUUACCUGUACUCCCAGCAGCAAUACUUUCACAAUCUGCUCAAACAGAUCCUCGUCUCCCGAAAGGAGUUGCUGGAACUGGCGAGAAAGAGUGGCCCUCACCUAGCACUGAAGAGAAAGUAUCAUGCAACCUCCAGUGAAGGAGAGCGAGAAGAGGAGAGAAGAGCACGCAGCCGAUAUGAGAAGAUCCUGCGAGAGGUCAAGGAGGAGUGUGAGGAUAACACCAUUUCAUCCGAUGAGGAAGACAUGUGCUCCUGGUUUCCCAGUUCUCCUACACAUCCCCCAAGUCCCAGCAUAGCUCUGAGAGUUGUACCAACUCUCUCCACGCAGGACAUGAAGACAGUCACUAAGCUUGAAUUGGGCGAUGAGGAUUUGAAACUGAUGUUAAAGAAGCACAUUGAAAAGCGAAGACGCCAACCGGACCAUCCAGACUUGGCUACUGGUGACUUGACUCUCAAUGAUAUCAUAACCCGGAUGAAUGCUGGCCGAAGAGGCUCACUAGCAGCUUUAUUAGAUCUUACACUUCCAAAGAAGAGGGUGAAGGAUAAAGAGGAGAGGAAGAAAAAGAAACUGAAAGUGCCAAAAAUGGAGCCAGAUGAUUUGGCUGAGUCAUCAGGAGCAGAGGGACCUAUUGCAGCACCUCCAGAGCAGCAGGUGACGCCUAAACCAGUCUCUGUUCCUGAACAGACACUUGAUAGAGUGAAGCUGACAACAGUUCCUGGAAUCACAGCUUGUUUCUUCACUCUGCUGCAGGACAUCUUACUGGCAGAGGGAGAGGCGAGUAUGUCCUGGAUUGAGGAGAAAGUGCUUGAUUGGCAGAUCUCUGCUCACAGUGCAUUAAACUCCUGGUUCCCAGAUGCCUCAAACUGGUCAGAACUUGUCCAUUCAGCUCUACGUUUCCUUUCUGGGGAAGGUGCGCGUGGGGUUGCCGCUCUUCCCUCCAAUUUUACUCCAUAUGUAAAUUGCAGAGAACGAGGCCAGCACUGGAAAUGGAUUGGUUCUGGACGUGACUCGGAGAAGGAAAUGACUUUGUUGUGUCAGCUGUGGUUUGAGGUUAAGGAUCAGGCAUUUCCCAAGGAAUCUGAUGAGCUUCAAGACAUCACACCCCCAACUCCCAGGGUACGGACAGACUACGUUGUGAGACCCAGCACUGGAGAUGAAAAGCGUGUGUUUCAGGAACAGGAGCGCCAACGAUACAGCCAGCCCCACAAGGCCUUCACCUUUCGUAUGCAUGGUUUUGACUCUGUAGUAGGCCCUGUGAAAGGAGUGUUUGAUAAGGACCCUUCACUCAAUAAGGCACGAGAACAUUCACUGCUGCGAUCAGACAGGCCAGCCUACGUCACCAUCCUGUCGUUGGUGCGAGAUGCAGCCGCUCGACUUCCAAAUGGAGAAGGGACGCGUGCAGAGAUCUGUGAGCUGCUCAAGGACUCUCAGUUUCUGGCUCCUGAGGUCACCAAUGCCCAGAUUAAUACUGUUGUGAGUGGAGCGUUGGACAGGCUACAUUAUGAGAAGGAUCCAUGUGUGAAAUAUGAUAUUGGGCGGAAGUUAUGGAUCUACCUGCACCGGAACCGGAGUGAAGAGGAGUUUGAACGCAUUCACCAAGCCCAGGCUGCAGCAGCGAAAGCCAAGAAAGCUUUGCAACAGAAACCCAAGCUGACAACAAAGGUUAAGUCCUCUUGUAAGGAGAGUACAACAAAGGUUCCCCUCUGUGAGCAGUCUCUGGGACCCCAGGUGUUGACAGACUCCAGCUUGCCCCACACACCUGUGACGCCAGUAACCCCCACACUGCCUGCUACACCCACGUCACCACCAGCGGCUGUAGAUGGCAAUAAAGUUCCAACAACCAGUGCACCAGAACUGGUCAAAUCAGGUCAAAGUGUUUUGUUGAUGUCCUCACCUUCAAUGCCACAGCUUGGGAACCUGCUGUCUGGCUCGCAACCAGGACUUAAUGCUGGACCACAGACUCAAGGCCAGAUGCUACCUCACUCAGUGGCUGCCACUGUUCCUCAGGUGCGGGUCGUCACUGCUCAGCAUGGCUUAGCUUCUAGUGCACACCCGGCUUCUGUGGUGCAACAAGUGCAACAGCACCAACAUCAGAUCCGGCUCCCCAAUGUCACGGCAUCUGCUCACACUAAAGUGGUUCCUCAGUCUAUUCUGACAGUACCAGUGAAGGCUCAGUCUGGUGUCAGUACUGUUCACAUCCAGCAAAGUUCUACUAAAGCAAAUCUAACAAUGGCUGGGAUCAGCACGGCUUCCAAAACAGUGUCCAGCACACUCAACAGUGCUGCGUCAAGCUCCGCCACCAGCAUCUUACAGAACGUGGCAGGACAAAGCAUCAUGAGACAGGUUGCCAUUGCAGGCCAGCUUGGGGUGAAGGCCCAGUCUAGUACUGGAAUCCCAUUGACAGCCACCAACAUCCGGAUUCAGGGAAAAGAUGUUCUGCGGCUGGCACCGUCCUCUAUCACCACCGACUCCAAAGGCCAGACGGUGCUCCGCAUCACACAGGAUAUGAUGGCUACCUUGACUAAGGCGCCGGUCACCACUGUCAAACUCACUCCAGAUAUGCUCGGGACCAAGGGCAUCUCAGCCACUCUACACGUCACACCAGCUAUGCAGUCCACGGACACCCUGGUGAAGGCCUCCACCUGCACAAGUGCAUCCACGACCUCCACGGUUGUCAAGGUCACACCAGACUUGAAAGUCACAGAUGCAACAAGUGCCGCCAUCCGGUUGAUGCCGGCGCUGGCUGUAACGGUAGCUGACCAGAUGAGUAAAGCGUGUGCCCCCCUCUCCUCGACGGACACCAAGCCAGCUGCCACCAUUCGCAUCAUGCCUGGCCUUGGGGUCAUUCCCAAACCCGGGCAGGCCAUUGCCGUGGCAACUUCCAGCAAACCAUUCACGGCUGCGGGUACAAUAACCUCAGCUGCAGUUACGCUGACGACAGUAAGCACAGCCGGGUCAAAGGCAAUCACCAAGGUAACACCAACAGCUGGGCUGCCAAUCUCGAUCGGAACAGGUACAGCCACAGUCAGGCAGGUUCCUGUCAGUGCAACCAUGGUAUCUACAACACAGGCGACCAAGCUGCCUGCGACCAUCACCGUGCCUUUAUCAGUUCUGAACCAACCUCUCAAAGGAAAAGGGGUGAUGGCAGGACCAAUAAUCAAGGGCAACCUUGGGGCAAAUAUCAGUGGACUUGGAAGAAAUAUUAUUCUCACGACCAUGCCUGCGGGGACGAAACUGAUCGCUGGGAGCAAACCUGUCAGCUUCGUUACAGCCCAGCAAUUGCAGCAGCUCCAACAACAGGGACAGGCCACCCAGGUCAGGAUCCAACACCUUCCAUCUCAACAGCUUCACCAAGGAACGUCGAUCAGCUCCAGCAAGCCCAUCUCUACAGUGGUCGUAACCACAGCACCAUCAGUGAAACAGCCACAGGACUAGUGAAUACUGUCUUAGACAUAGACCGUGUCAUUGUAUUUAUUAUUUUUACCUUCCACUGUAGGCUCAUCAUCUCACACAUCAUGGCUCAGUGCUGAGUGAUGGGAGCCAUACCCCUUCUGUCCUGUCGUGUGGACACAAAUUGUGUUCUGCUUCAAUCCCUGAAAAUAUAUCAUGAGACAUACCUAUACAGUAUAUCCAAUAAAGCGUCUCAGUAAUAAGCUUGUUGUAGUUUGAAUCCUUACUGGCGACAGGGCGCCAGUGGGUCAAGAGAUCAAUGCCUCAUUACAGAAACCAGAAGGUACCUGUCUCCGCCCGGCACACCACUCUGUUGGGCCUGUAAUAAGUCUUUAUGUCCCUGGCCAAGGGUUCCUCCUGCUUAAUGGCAAAUCUCUGCUGUUUUGAAGACAAACUGUAUUAAACAAUUAUGAUGAGGUGGUUCCAUAUGAUGGAUCCUUCUGUGGAAUAUCUGAGGUUCUCUGUGUAUAAUACUGUGUAUCAAAUCAUGUUUGUGUUGCUUUACAGUGGUGGAGUGUGCUUAUGAUGCUGGAUAUAUAGGUGUUUAAGGUGCUGUGUGUAAAGGACUUAUUAGAGAACUAUGAAAUAAGUGUCUUGUGCUGUCUACAAUAUUUUUAUGCUGCAGUAGAUGUGCUCUUUAUUACACUGCAUUUAAGUUACUGUCUAUGCAGUAUUGUUUUAAAUGCAGUUUAUAACUUUGUGUGUAUAUAGUGCUACUUAGUGUGCUGGAUACACAGUAGUGUUCACUGCACAACAAUUUGGUGACAUCCAGUAUAAAUUGACUUCUACAAUUUGGGUAUCCCUGCCGUCACAGGAGAUUUCAGUUUGCUGGCAGUGAGUGACGAGGAACAAGAGCAGGAGUGGACUUUUGCCUCUGCCAGGAUGCUCUGCUUCAGUAAGGCCCUGGCUUAUUUAAACUCUACCUUCCCAACAUAUUCCCAUGUCUCUGAAUUCCCUUGGUAUCCGAAGAUGUGUUGUCCUCCACACAUCUUCGGAGCUCUGAGUGAAGCAAUUUCCCCAUAUCCUAAAUUCUCAUCAUUAUUCAGAGAUUCUGAUUUCUCAAUUCUAGACAGAGUCAAGGGAAAUACUGUAACUUAAUGUAUGUCCUCUCCAUUUUAACUUUAUUUCAAUCAGAUCACUCUUUAAGCCACAUCCAUACAAUCCAAAUAAUGUGAGAAGCCUUUUCUUUAAGUCAUUAAAAAAUGACGUCAGAAGAGUUGCCACGUGUGCAGCCCGUGCAAGACGGAUACACACAUUAAAAUAUAAUGAUCAUGUGAUUAUAAUCAACACUUAAACAGAUAAAAUCAUGUCAAAAAUUAAUUCUGAGCAAUGAAGAGAAGCAUUGUGUGAAUAUCUUGGGCGUCAAGAUUUACAAGAUGGUAUAUUUUAUCAAAGACACUUAAUGUGAGAUUCUAAAAAUUAGUUAUUAAUUAUCCUCAGCUUUAUUAAUAAAAUUAAUGGAAUAAUACUUUCUAGAUCAUUGGUGCACGGUGUUUUUUUGUGAGGAGUACCAAGUUUACAACUCAUGCAAAGGGCACCCAGACAAUAUUUUAGUUUGACGAGAUCAGAUACUGGUGUUCUUAGUCAUGUUUAAGAAUACAGACUGUGUACCCUCCACUGACGCUCACCGCUGCCCCUUACUGCCCUGCUCAUCACGUCCCCACCCCUCGCCCAGCCUGUCAAUGAGCCUAGCCUUUCCUGUAAAUCACAAACUGCCUGAAGAACUUGGUGGGUCAGACAGCAUCUAUGGAGACAGAGUGCUAGUUGAUGUCUCAUGUCGAAGCCCUGAAUCAGGACUGAGAGUGUCGAAGGGGUAUAGCCAGUAUAAAGAGGUGUGGGGGGUGGGCAGGUGAUGGGAGCCCAGUGAGGAGUGGGAAACUGCAGAGGAUGGAGAUGGGGAGGGGAGAGUGGAGAUUUUGAUAGAUUGGGAGGUGAUGUGGACAAAACAAAGGGCUGAGAUUGCGGAAUCGGAUCAGUAAAGGAGGAGAUACUGGAGAAAUGAGGGGCAAAUGGACCAGUGGGGGAGGGAGAAGAAACAGUGAUGAGGGCUGGGGGCAGGAUGGAAAGAAGGAAGUGGAGAAAAUCUGGGCAAAUGAGAGAGGGAGAGGGUUGUGUGGGCUACCUGAAGCUAAAAAAUUGAAUGUUACUGUCAUUGGGCUGCAGACAACCCAGGCAGAAUAUCAACUGCUGCUCUUCCAGUUUGUAUUUAGCAGUGGAGGAGGCCGCAGGCAGACAGAUUGGUGUGGAAAUGGGAGGGGAGUUAAGAUGGCUAGCAGCUGGGGGCUCUGGCCUUCUCCAAACAAGAACAGCACUCAAUGCCAUGACUAUUGCAACAUGGUCUCUGUGUUCCUUUCUCUCUUCUUAUCCAUCCAGAUUUUCUUCCACCCAC